CGGCGGCGCGGCAGGGAGGCCGCAGUGGUGUGUGAGCGGGCGCUGUGUUUGGGGUGGUGAGGCUGUGCGCGAUGCUCGGCUUUCUCUCCAGGGUGUUCUCCUACUUCUGGAGACCUGCGGAUGGCGAGGAAGGAGGAGGUGCGAGGUGGACGGACUCAGGUAGAAGUUCCAGUUCGACUGUGCAGCUGGGUGUGGAGCUCGCACCAGGCUGGUGGUGAGGGCCGCGGUGGUCUUGUCCCAGGUGACAAAGAACUAAAAGCUGUUCGAGGAGUGGUGACAAGAUUUUGCAACGAUUAUGGAAUGAUAAAUGACCUGAUAGUCUUCACAGAACAUGCUGUUGUAAACAAUAUGCCGCUGGCUGUAGGACAGGAAGUUAUUGCUACUGUUGAAGAGGACAAAAUAUCAAAUGGCUUGAGGGCUAUCAAGGUAGAUGCAGUCCAGAGUACAUGGGGAGACUACGGUACUGCUUGUAGUGCUACUGAACUACAUAUGAAAAUAUUAGUUGGUAAUAUCACCUCUCUCUCUAAGGAUGGUGGCUAUAUUAGUCACAAUACUCUUUUCAUGAUGGAAGAUGUCUGUGAAGGUUUUAGACCUUGUGUGGGUGACUGUGUGCAAGCAAAGUAUUUCAUUAAUCCAGGAACAUGGAACAGUAGAGCAGUUGCUGUGAAGCCUUUGAGAUACAAGCGAGUGGACAAGGUCCACAUUACCAGCAUGUGUGGAAGAACUGGUACAGUAGACGAGAGUAUAUUUUUCACUCUGGAUUCACUGAGACUUCCUUAUGGCUAUUCACCACGUAUAAAUGAUCUAGUGAAUGUGGUUGUGGUGGAGAGCAGUCAGUCAUUUUAUGUUUGGAGAGCUCUCUGCUUGACUCCAGUCGACCAGAAUGGAGAGUCUCAGUCAAAUGGACAUGAUACAGAUGAACCUUAUGAAAACUUAAUGAGAAACAAAGGAGGGCUGGAGGUAUCAAAAAUAACUGAUUUUGGAACUAUGAAGCAGGGGGAAUCUAGAAGCAUGAUCGUUUGGAUAGAGAAUAAAGGGAGUGUACCACAGUCCUUAAUAAGCUGCAGAUUAGCUGGAUGGGUGAAAGACAAGCAAUUCAGUUUUCAGAUUCCUCAAAAAUACCAGAAUAGUCCAGCAGCAUAUCUGUCAUCUUCUCCAGCAAAUCAAGAAAGCAUUGCAAAAGCUGCAGUGAGUUCCUGUGGAGCAGCAUCACAGUCAUUGACUAAUACAUCCAUUAUGAAGAAUGGAAUCAUUUCAGAAGGAGUAAAUCCUCAGGAAAUAAAUUUAUCAAAGACAGAAGAAAACUUUUCCCUGGUUAAAGAUCAGAAUCUGUGUCAUAGAGAAGAGCAGAGAGAUGUACAGCAACCAAGAGAUGAUGCUGAUAUAACCAAAGAAAUUGUCAUCCCACCAGGUGGAAAAACAUUCAUAGUGAUCAUAUGCACAGCUGUAAAUCCUGGAUACAAUAAAGAGCUCUUGUUGCUUGGUUUUUCUGAUUUUACUAUUGGACACUGUAUUGAAACUACUGUAACAAAUGAAGCGGAAUUACUAAUAGCACCUGUGGAGCCAUUUUCUGCAAGAAAGGUUGACAUUUCUUCAGUACCUCAGCAAAAGAAGACAACGGUUGCUGCCCCCAAAUACAGAAGAAGUAGCAGAAAAUUUCCAAGCUUCCUCCCACAUUACACCGUACCAAACGAGUUAAGAAGAUGCGUGGAGCAGAAGUUAGAUAUUCUGAGCUUUCAGCCUCUCCUUGCAGAGCAUCUUAAUCUGGAAAAUUAUGAAGCAAAGUUUUCUACUCUCUUGUGGCUUGAAGAGAUCUAUCAGGAAACAGAAAUAAAAAAUUUUGACAUGUGUGGGGUUACUUUGAAAAGGAAUGGGAAUUUGUUAGUGUUGGAAGUGCCAGGAGUGGAAGAAGGCAGACCUCACCUGGCUGCAGGUGAUAAGGUGAUACUGAAAAGUCAGGUCUAUUCUGAGCAUAUAAUAGAGUACAUUGCCUAUGUUACUGAGAUAUGUAAUGAAGAUGUUACUCUUAAAUGUAAUGCUGAUUUUGAACGGGCUUACAACUCAGAACCCAUGGAUGUGGAAUUUGUUUACUGCAGGAUUCCUAGCAGGCGGUGCCAGAUGGCAGUUGAGCAAGCUAAGUGUCUGGGUGAAAAAGUGUUAUUUCCAGAAAAGCUUCUCUUGCAGUCACCACAAGAUGUCAAGACCCAGAAUAUCACUGAGUAUUGUGGAGCUGAUGAUGGCCUUGAGCUGUGUUUCCAGCAGAAGAGUGAGGUCAGAAAGCUGCAGAACAAGCGGGCAAAAUGCACGCCAUCGAGGCAGAUAAACAUUGCAGGUGCAGCGACUGCUUCUGCGGAAACAAGCCAGCUUGUUGAGGAAACUGAGACAAUUAAAUGGAGAGGUGGUGAAUUUUUCAAUCCUAUGCUUAACAAGCAGCAGAAAUUGGCAGUGAAAAGGAUACUGAGUGGUGAAUGUCGUCCAACACCUUAUAUUCUCUUUGGACCACCAGGAACUGGAAAAACAAUAACAGUAGUUGAAGCUAUUUUACAGAUACAUUUUACUUUACCAGAUAGUCGAAUCUUGGUUUGCGCACCAUCAAAUGCUGCAACAGAUCUGAUUUGCUUGAGGCUGCAUCAAAGCAAUCUAUUAAAACCAGGAGCUAUGGUCCGAGUCAAUGCUACUUACAGAUCUAUAGAGCAUGUUGAUGACAUGGUGAAACCUUACUGCAAGGACGGUGAUGAUAUUUGGAAGGCAGUGUGGUUCAGGAUAGUAAUUACCACUUGCUGUAGCGCAGGAAUGUUUUAUCAAACAGGAACAAGGCUUGGACACUUCACACAUGUGAUUUUGGAUGAGGCUGGGCAAGCAAGUGAACCAGAAAGCCUGAUUCCUAUUGGAUUAAUUUCAGAAGUUAACGGUCAGAUAGUUCUGGUCGGAGAUCCAAAGCAGUUAGGGCCUCUAAUAAAAUCUAGAAUUGCAGUGGCAUUUGGAUUAAAUAUAUCCUUGCUGGAAAGACUGAUAUCAAGAGAUAUGUACCUGAGAGAUGAGGAUGCUUUUAGUGCUGAUGGAUCAUAUAACCCUUUGUUGAUCACAAAACUCGUAAACAACUACAGGUCACAUUCUGCAUUGCUUGCCUUACCAUCUAAACUGUUUUAUAAUAAAGAGCUUGAAGUUUGUGCAGAUGCUGCAGUAGUGACUUCUUUGUUACACUGGGAGAAAUUGCCCAGGAAAGGGUUUCCGUUAAUUUUUCAUGGAGUAAGGGGCAAGGAAACUCGUGAAGGUCACAGUCCUUCAUGGUUUAAUCCAACUGAAGCAGUUCAAGUAAUGCAGUAUUGUUGCCACCUGGCUAAAAACGAAAGCAUUGCAGUGUCAGUGGCUGAUAUUGGAGUGAUUACACCGUAUCGUAAGCAGGUAGAAAAAAUUAAAUUUCUUCUGAGAAGCAUUGAUUUGUCAGAUAUUAAAGUUGGCACAGUAGAAGAGUUUCAAGGACAAGAGUGCAUGGUUACCAUCUUAUCAACAGUGCGAUCUUAUGAAGACACACUUGCUGACGAGGAAUACUGUUUGGGCUUUCUCUCUAACCCAAAGAGAUUCAAUGUAGCAAUUACUAGAGCAAAAGCUUUGCUGAUAGUCGUAGGAAAUCCUCAUCUUCUUAUGAAAGAUCCCUGUUUUUGUGCACUGUUAGAGUACAGCUUAAUGAAUAACGCUUAUGUGGGUUGUGACCUGCCUUCUGAGCUGAGAAGCCUGCAGCAACAGGUGUGACUAGUUUUUCAGUAUUCAAGAUGCAUUCAGUCCUCUUCUGUUUUUGAAGCUAAGAAUACUUAAUAGGAAUCCAGCACCUUUUGGCCUCAGGGAAAGACACGCAUUCUGAAAUUCCUUGAAGUUUAUCCAAGAAAGGCUUCUUAAUGCUUCCUUUCGAGAGGUGAAAAAGUUGAAAGUUAUCAGUAUAAAGCGGUACUGGCAACCAGUUUGCUUUUUUUGUUUAGAAAGUGUAUGAUUUUGCUUCUGCAUAGAGCGGGUAUGUGUGAGUCCUCCAAGCUCCAGAAGAAAGUUAUUGCUGAACUUGUAUAUUAAUUUAACUUUUUUUUGACAUUUCAGUUUUUCCUCAGACUUCUGUAGUGCCUCCUGAAACUCUUCUGUCCCAAGAAUAUGUGUUUGUCUUGUUAUUUGGUUAUGGAGUGUGACAUUUAUAAUCCACACUGGAUUGAACUGGAAUGAUGCACGAAUAUCUCCGUUUGGCUGAUGUUGAGUAUCUUAAGCCAACCAAACUUCAAGCCCUGCUUUUUUGUUUAAAGCCUUUGUAUACGUGUCUGAGAUGACACAGAAUUCUGUUUCUCAGCUGCAGUCCAGCUGUCUGCUGUGGUGUAUGUCAGAAUGCCUCAAAUGGGUUGAAAAGGUGGGGGGAGACAGUGAAAACUGCUGUGUUUCUACAAAGAUCCUGUACAGAAGUGUUGUAUUCAACUUUGGCAAAAUUGUAAGCAAUGAAUGUCAACUGUAGCUUCAUUGAGUACUGUGCUGUUACUUUAAACUUGAACGUGGUGUUCUCUCCAAGUUGACUAACUAUUGCCAUACAGCAUUUCUAAAGUAAGUUGCACAGUUAGCUGUGGUCUUUCAGAGUCUGGGUUGUAACCCAGUGGUUUUCUGCAACAGACAAAUAUUGUAGGUAACCUACAGAGAAACAAAGAGAGGGGUGAAAACAAGAUUUGGUUUGCAGUCAGUUCAUAUUGCUUUCACUUCUGGUGGUCAGUGUACUUCCUUCUGCCAUGCUUUAUGUAUAGAUAGGGCAGCUUAUAGCUUGGUGAAACAUCAAAGCCAGAUACACAGUGCAGUGACACGCACCAUGUAGAACCUAGAAUAUACUUAGUGUGUUUAUCCAGUCUGAGUCUCAGCUGUAUUUGAGCAGCACUGCAGCCUCAUCAGCCUUGUCUCUUUGGUAUGUUAUUUUGCCAGCUUAAUUGUUUUUACUCCUGAAAAAGUCAUAGUAGACAGUUUGUUGCAGUAUUAUACUGAAAAUGUCAGUGGCUGUAAUGCCAUUCCAGUAUUCUACAUAAAACUUUGGCAUCUGUCCAAUAAAGGAUCUGUUCCCCGUUGAAGGAUUUAUUGAAUGUCUUCCUUUGAGGAUUAUGAUGGACCAGAUCUCGCAGCAACUACGUAGUCCUGUUAAAUGAUCUUUGAGUUCCCUUCCACUCCAAGGCGUUCUAUGAUUCUGUGACACUUAGAAUCAUAGAAUCACAAGGUUGGAAAUGACCUAUAAGAUCAUCCAGUCCAACUGUCUCCUCAUCACCAUUGCCACCACAAGCACUAAACCAUAUCACACAGCAUGUUGUCCAGAUGCUUCUUGCACACUGCCAGGGACGGCAACUCCACCACUUCCUUGGGCAGCCAUUCCAGUGCCUGACCACUCUCUGAGAGAAAAAGUUCUUCCUCAUGUCUAACCUAAACUCCUCUGAUACAACUUGCAGCCAUGACCCCUUGUCCUGCUCAUUGCCUGGGAGAAGAGGCCAAGUCCCUCUUCAUCACAGCCUCCCUUCAGGAAGUUGUAGAGUGCAAUGAGGUCUCCCCUGAGCCUCCUGCAGAAGUAGCAGUGAGCGAGUCUAUGAUCUAAGCAAAUCUUAGUUUUCAUGAAAACCAUGAUCCAGUUACUUAUUUCAGACAUGAACAAUCUUUUCCCCCUAAGUUAAAACACAUACAUAUAUAUAGUGAUUGUUUCUGGUUUUUAUUAAGUCACUGCCUUACUAGGAAAUUACAGAGGCCACAAGAGUGGUUCUACCGUGUCUCAAACAGCAAGCUAAAGGUACAUGAAGUCAGAGAGCCCAGGACCACAAAUCUACCUCCUCAGCUCCCCGUGCCUAAUAUAUUGAGUUAGAUACUGCUGAUCUAUGAAAAGCGAGUACAGUCUGUAAAUAAUUCCUGCGCCAGUUAACAUAAGCAAUUAAGAGUUGAAAUGUAAAAAAUACCUCCAGAAGACCACUAAAGACAUUGGGAAAUACUAGAGGUUUUCCAAAUGGAAUCAAAGCAGGUAGUACUCAAGUGUUUAACAACAGCAGCUUCUUGUUUUCUCACUGCAUUUCAGAAAGCAGAUGUGUGAGAAGUAUGUUCUGUGUUGCAGCUUUAUUAGUAGGCCAGCAGCUAAUUUCUGUGCCAUGGCAAUGAGGAACAGGUGUCUUUACUUAUGAAAAGAAACAUCCUAUAAUUGGCUGCACUUAGAACACAAGCACAGGAGAAGGUAUGCUCUUCUAAGAGUGUUCUAGAAUAUGAAGUCUUUAUUGGAGGAGCAGUCCCUCCUGUUCAUUCUACUUUUAGCUCUAUAUUAAUGAAAUUGCUGCCGUUGCUCUAUUCACAGUGGCAUGGAUAUGUCAGAUCAGGUUAAAUGACUGAUGCAUGAGUUGCUGGGUAAAUACGCCAUUAUUUCUUCUAGUUCUGUAUUUUGUCAUAACAGAUGUUUAACUGUGCUUUAUCUAAUAGAACCUGCAUCCCUAGCAACUACAUAGCAACAUACUGAAGGUCAAACUGGGUGCCUCCGACAUCAGCCAAAUGAUGUAAGUCGUGCCAGCUCACGCAGUCCAAGAAACACGCGUGGCGAGCUGCUGCCCCUGCCGUGCUGAACGGGCUUCACAGGCACAGUGGGUGUACUGUAACAGAUAAUGGGGGGUUGGAGCCCUGUUCCUUUUUUCUACUCUUCAUCCUCCCAAAGAGUGGUCAAU